CACACGUCUUUUAUCUAUCUGCUACAAGUAUUUUAUCGCAGUUUAUCUCAGCUUGUAUGUUGGUUAUUAUUUUUAUUGUUCCGUUUAUCAGAUUCAGCAGUUUUUAAUAAACACAACUAGUUCUCUAAACCAAUUCGUCGUGUAGUGACAAUCUGAAGCAAUUUAAAUAGGCUGCAAAUAUGUCGCUGUAUCCGAGCUUAGAAGAUAUGAAGGUUGACCAAAUGUGUAGGGCACAGAUCAGUCAAAUGGGGUUGCAAACUGAUCAAGCACCUCCACCUUAUCCUACACCCAACCUUAGUAACAUGCCGAUGCCUUCAAAUGGAUCACCACUGUACCCUGCUUUGGGUGAAUAUAUGGGCCUCGAGUUAAGUGAAGCAAUUAUAGCAGAAAAUAUGCCGGAGUAUUCUCAAGUAGCGCUGUUACAGCAGACUCAAGUAAUAAUCCCUUCUGGCAACAGUUCAGCCCUGAUAGCGCCUGUGUCGGGACAAUCUGUAGGAUUGCACAGGGCCCAAGUAACCCACGGCGUCCGUGAGGUAAUCCUCUGUAAAAACCAGGGUGGCAAAGUGGGAAUACGUGUAAAAGCCAUCAACAACGGCAUUUUCAUUUGUGUGGUAAUAGACAAGUCUCCAGCAGCGUUAGCCGGUCUCCGAUUCGGCGACCAAAUUCUGCAGAUAAACGACGUAAGCGUUGCUGGUUUUUCCAUGGUUAAAGUCCACAACAUGUUCAAGAAAAGUUCCGUAAACGGUAUAAAAGUGGCGCUACGCGAUAGACCUUUUGAACGAACCAUUACCCUUCAUAAGGACAGCACGGGACAUAUUGGAUUCCAGUUCAAGAAUGGUAAAAUUGUGAGUUUGGUGAAAGAUUCAUCGGCUGCCAGAAAUGGGGUACUCACUGAGCACCAGCUUUUGGAGGUUGACGGACAAAAUGUGGUUGGGUUGAAGGAUAAGGAAGUAGGUAACAUUAUCGUGAAGUCUGGGCAGGUUAUUACCAUUACGGUCAUUCCUAGUUUCCUCUACGAUCAUAUGGUUAAGAAGAUGGCUGGUUCUCUUUUGAAAGAUUUGAUGGACCACUCUAUUCCUACUUUAUAAGACUAUAUAUUAUAACACGAUUUGUCCUUAAUAUAUAAUCUCGUAUAGUAAGAAAUUCAAUCGUCUAUAAUAAUUAUGACGCUGUAUGUCAAUUUAUAUUUUACUUUUAAACAACGAUAAUGUACCACACACAGAGCCACAACAAAAGACGUGAGGUUUUCACAAUUUUUUUUUUUGGACUGGUCAUUCAUGAAGUUAAACCGUAACACCAAAUGAAUUUGACAGUUACUUGGACUCUACGACCACCCACAAUGCAAUACUUGUUUUAUGCGACAUAUCUUUUUAUAUAUUCCAUAUAUAGGCUAUUCUUUUUAUCUUUAUAUUACGACUGUACUGAGAGUUUGAACCUAAAUCCUGCAUGCGAUCUGGUUUAAUUUAAGAAGAAACAUUAUGAUUUUAUGAUUGUAAUCCUAAGUUUAUUUUUACUAUAUAAAAAAUAUUAUAUUUUAUGUAUGUAAACCCUGCAUGUUUUUAUCCGUCUAUGAUAAAUAUUACGUAUUAUCUCUAAUGUUAUAAAAGAAUGAUGGUUUUGUGAUUGUAAUGUGCCAGAGAAGGGUUGUCAGUUAGUUUUAUAUAAAUAAAAUUAUAUUAUUCA